GUGUGUGUGUAUACCUAAUUCCCAAUAUUUCCUCGUGCCGUCGCAAACAAAGAAUACGUUAAAAUGGUGGCUUACUACGAUGAGUGCGACGCUAUCGAAAACCCCAAGACUCUCACCGAUUGGGUGCGUAAUUUUCGCGUGAAGCGCCAGAAAAUGCGUCGCAAGUUGCGGGGCGCUGGCAGCGACCUGCGCGUGAACGCCAUUUUGUCGACGGCCCUGCUACACGCGGAGCAUGAGCUGCGCAGGAAGCAGCAAGAGCGCUUUAGCCGCUGGCUGGAGAUGCAAACGAGAUUUGUGCCGCAUGGCAGGACCCACUGCGCAAGUGACGCGUUGGACAACUCAAACGGCAAGGCUGCAGCGGAGGCGGAGGCAGAGAGCAAUUUGUGGAGCAGCGAGCUCAGUGGCCUCGACAAUUUUAUGCGCAGCCUGAGCAGCAAUAACAAGGGUGCCAGCAACAGCAAUGGCAGCAACAGUUACACAGAAAUUGACACCAACAACAACAAUCACCUAAGCUGCACCAUUGCAGUGGGCAGUUAGAAAGAGAUGUCUAUAUAGUGUAUGUGCCGUUUGGGUGUAUACGUGAAUGACACAUACGCACAUGCACAAAAUGGUGGCAGGAAGAGAGAAAACUGUUUUUCAGUUGUCGAAAUAUUUCCCUUUACGUCGCCCUAGCUUUAUUUGAUCAUUGUUAAACUAGUUUUAUUACGACAACCCAUUUCUCAU